UUCUUCUAUCUGACCACAGGUGAUAGCAUUUAGCUCGGAUGUUGCAUGAAUAAAUGCUGGAGGCGAGGCUUCCCGACUUGAUGUUCUAAAAUAGAACGUUGGUUGAGUUAUUGGAUUGUGAACGCUCGGAGGGCUCCAGGAACACCAUGGCUCUCCUCUUAUUCCUGUCUCCUCUCCUUGCCAGUAUUUGUUUGCUUUCGGCGUCCACUCGAGACCUGGAAGGGCGUGCAUCUCGCCAAGGAGAGCAUCACACCAUCGUGAAAGAGAGACAACCGAUAUAUCACGACCCGAGAAGCCUGGAUCAUUCCUCCUUGUGGAUCAAGACAACAGAGAGUCCUGUCUUGGCACAGAAUCUUGGCGAUGAUUUGCCAAAACAUGUGGCAUCUUUUUUAUACACAGGAGAUUCUAACGAACUCAGGAGAGCCAACUGCUCCAGGAGAUAUGAGUUGACCAGCUUGUCAGGGAUAUCUGCUGUCCCAUCCCAUGCCUCCUUGCAUAGAUCGGUAGAUCUACUUAUUCACUCCACCAACUUUUUAAACAUGAUCUUACAAAGCAAUAAAUCAAGGGAACAUCACUUGCAAAGGGACUUGGAGUGGUAUCAUGCUCUCAUAAGAAGUAUUUUGGAAGGAGAAUCCAGCAUUAUAAGAUCUACUAUCACAUUCAACGUAGAUCUGUCGUCUAAUAUCCCUCAGGUGUUUCUUCAAGCCACAAGGGAGGGAAAUAAGAUACUUCUGCAAGACCUGUCAUCUUUAGCUCAUGGUCUGGCCAACGCCACCCAAGAAACAGACUGGUUUCAUGCUUUUAAGCACAAGUGGAGGCCUCAUCAAAACAAGCGAUUAUUAAAUGGUGCUAAAACUUUGGAUGACAGCUGGAAGAAGGGGAAUAGUUAUGUAACUGAGAAAAGUCAUGUCAAGUGGUCUUCACCCUACCUAGAAUGUGAAAAUGGGAAAUACAAACCCAGUUGGCUUCUUACACUCUCAGCAGCAUUUUAUGGACUUAAACCAAAUCAUGUUCGAGAAUUCAGGGGCGUACUUAAAGUUGAUGUAAACCUUCAGAAAAUCGACAUUGACCAAUGCUCAGAUGAUGGAUGGUUUUCUGGAACUCACAGAUGUCAGCAUAACAGCUCAAAGUGUAUACCAAUUAAAGGUCUUGGAUUUGUUCUCGGAGCCUACAAAUGCAUUUGCAAGGCUGGAUUCUAUCAUCCUGACAUGUUUUCGGUGAAUGGCUUUCAAAGACAGAAUACAGAUAAUCAUUUUUCAAGAGGAGAGAUAUCCGAGGAAGAAUAUAAGUGUUUGCCCUGCAGGGAAGGUUGUCCGUACUGUAUGGAUGAUACUCCCUGCUAUGCACAGGAGGACAAGUAUUUACGGAUAGCGAUCAUCUCGUUCCAAGCCUUCUGUAUGCUUCUGGACUUUAUAAGCAUGAUAGUGGUUUACCAUUUCCGCAGAGCAAAGAGCAUAAGAGCAUCAGGACUCAUCUUACUGGAAACCAUAUUGUUUGGAUCUCUUCUUCUGUACUUCCCAGUUGUCAUUUUGUAUUUUGAGCCAAGCACAUUUCGGUGCAUUCUUCUCCGAUGGGUUCGUCUUUUAGGCUACGCAACGGUCUAUGGAACAGUUACCCUCAAGCUAUACAGAGUUCUAAAGGUGUUUCUUUCACGUACUGCCCAACGUAUUCCAUACAUGACCAGCUGCAGGGUCAUGAGGAUGCUGUCUGUUAUUCUUCUGCUAGUCAUUUGGUUUCUAAUUGCCUGGACAUCGGCAGUGUGCCAGAACAUGGAUCGAAACAUUCCCCUUAUUGUACAAGCGGAAACCUCUGAUCAGCUUCAGUUUAAUAUGUGUCUGAUAGACCGAUGGGAUUACAUGAUGGCUGUUGCUGAAUUUUUAUUCCUUCUGUGGGGUGUUUACCUUUGUUACGCCGUACGAACAGUUCCGUCAGCAUUCCAUGAACCACGCUAUAUGGCUGUUGCUGUUCACAACGAGCUGAUCAUUUCCGCCAUAUUCCAUACUAUUAGAUUUGUCCUUGCUGCCAAACUUCAGCCAGACUGGAUGUUAAUGCUGUUUUUUGUUCAUACGCAUCUGACCGUGACAGUGACUGUUGGCCUUCUUCUAAUACCUAAGUUUUCACAUUCGAGCAACAACCCAAGAGAUGACAUUGCAGCUGAAGCAUAUGAAGAUGAACUAGACAUGGGCCGCUCUGGAUCAUACCUAAAUAGCAGCAUCACAUCUGCAUGGAGUGAACAUAGCUUGGACCCUGAAGACAUAAGGGAUGAACUGAAGAAGUUAUAUACACAACUGGAAAUCUACAAAAGAAAAAAGAUGAUUGCAAAUAAUCCACAUCUACAGAAAAAGAGGUGUUCCAAAAAAGGUUUGGGAAGAUCAAUCAUGAGACGUAUUACUGAGAUCCCAGAAACUGUCAGUAGGCAGUGCUCAAAAGAAGACAAAGACAAUCUUGAUCAUAACAAUCCCAAAAAUAACAUUGGCAACGCCAAACAAAAACACCAAGAUUCAGUUACCCAAAAUGCAAAAUCAAAAGAAGAUUCAACAAAACACAGAACAUUUUCUUUGAAAAAGUCCCAUAGUACGUAUGAUCAUUUAAGGGCAUACGAUGACAAGCCCAAUGGAAUUUCUACAGAGAAACUAUAUAUGGGUGAGAAUUCUAUAAGGAGUUCUUUUAAUGGUAAAAAGCCAAACAAUAAGAGCGCUGAAGAUCUGGAAGCAGUGUCUGCCGAAUCAGUCCCCUUGGUUUGUAAAUCUGCUAGUGCUCAUAAUUUGAGUUUGGAUAUGAAACCCCUUCAUGCAAGUUUGUCAGUUUUACAAAAAUCACUUAGUGUUAUCGCCAGUACUAAGGAUAAAUGCUUAGGGCUAAGUGAGAAAACAAAAGGUAUGGAGGACACUGACAAAUAUCGAGCCAAUCCCGAGGACAAAGACUUCCAUACAAACACUGCCACUCCUGACAAAGAGCAACAUGUGGAGCAGCACCACAGGACAUCAAGUCCUAUUGAAGAAGCUCAAAAGCCUCAUAAAUGUGGAAUAAUGAAGCAACAAGCACUGAGCCUCUCUUUAGGGGAUUCAGAUAGGGCAAUAGGUGUGCUGGGAUUCAAAGACAAAUUUGACAUAGAAGAAGUAUGUCCCUGGGAAAUGUAUGAUCUCACUCCCACUACUGUGCCUUCUGAAAACAAAGUUCAGAAACAUGUAUCAAUUGCUCCUUUGGAGUCUGAGAAGAACCAUGUAUCCCGCUCAAAAGGUAAAUUUCAUAGCCGAUCCAGGGCGAGUGAACAGGGGCAUCAACAGUCAAAACAGAAGAGUUCACCCAAGUCCGAUUCAAAUGCAAAGGAAAGACAGGAACAGAUUUCAAAGGAUGAUGAUUCAAACCAAUCUCACACAUCUGAUAAAGGUUCAGUAGACCAUGACCUUCUUCCCAUACAAAGUACAACAAAAACGCAAGAGAAAGACAAUAAGAAAAAUUCACCAGUAGUUGAAAGUGUUCCGUCAUCUCAAGAUUCCCCCAUCAUCCAUUCUAAUUCUAAUAAUAAUUUACCAUCAUCUUUAGCUCUGCGGGCUGAAGUGUGCCCAUGGGACUUUGAUUCGCAAGAUGUAUUAAGUGUAGAAAAUACAAAAGUUAUACCUACCACCUCUGCUUCGAGCCCGCCAUCUCCUUCUCAAACUAUGCCAGCAUCUCCUACAAAAAAGAGGGCUUUCGGGGUGCCUAUCAAAAGUAUUACUAAGAAAGAUGGAGGCACUGAGAAAGAAAAAGGAAAAUGCAAAAGUAAAGAAAAAGAACUGGAUCCAAAAGUAUAUCUGAUUAAAAUGGACAAGUCAAAAAGUGCAGAAGUUUGUUCUUCUGCGGGAGACAACACUCUGGGAGUACCAGUCAAUAAAGGGAAGAGUACUUCUAAUGAGUAUGGUAUAGACAAAUGCAAACUUGUGGAAGUAUGUCCUUGGGAAAGUAUUUCUUCUUCACAAUCGGAACAAGAUACAGAGGCUUCCGACAAUAAACAUAGCAAAAAAAUGCAAGGGUCAAAUCUGGUGGACAUUUGCCCAUGGGACUUUGAAGAUAGUGACGGGAAACAAGGAUAACUUAACUUGCACUGGAUUGCAGAAAGUAUAGAGGUUUUCACAUGAUCUAGUUAUUCUUAUCAGCACUGCUACUUUAAUGCGUCCAGAAACAAACAAAAAAUACAGACAAAACAGCAAAUAUUUUAUAAGAUCUCAUUUUCUUAUUAGUCUGUAUGUUUCCCGUACACAGUCGUGUCUCCUGUUAAAGCAUUCCAGAUUGUAUAAUAUUUGCAAAUACCUUUGAUAUUAUGUGACACUACACAUUUAUGCAAAUUUGCAGAUACUGUAUUGAUAUUGCAA